AUGAUAUUCUCUCGUGAAGCCCUUUUAUGGGCAUUCAUCUACUACGGCUCUUUUGGAGCUUGUAGUGAGAACGUUCUCGUACAAGAAGGUGUAAGCCCUGACGAUUCAAAAUCGCCUACACGUUCACAACCUCGAUAUAACGAUCCAUUGGCGCAAACAUUUAAGAGACGAGAUGGAGAUUCAUUUACUCUAUCGGUUCCGGACACACCACAAGUCCCUCCAAGUCCUGCCACAGGUACUCCUACAUUCUCGUAUGAAAGGCCGUGGUUGAACACAACAAGUUCGACAUGGUCAGGGCAAAGUCACAAUCAAAGCAGAUCUAGCACGACUUUGGGCAAUUCGUCCACAAGCUCGAGUACGCCAUGUAUAACACUUGGACCGACCGAUGCGGUGACAAUCUGGGAUAUCCUCCCAAACACAGAAACGAUCACCAUCACCACCCUCGCAAACUUGACAUUGGCCAUCACAGCAGUACCAGAUUUCACACCUCCAAACUACUGCCCCACUGAAUCAACCUCAGAUUCAGUAGCAAAGACUACCUACGAAUCAACUACCGGAACUUCCAUAACAGUAGCUGAAUCUUCAGUACCAACUGUGAGACCUACAACCACUAUCACGACAAACAAAAACCCCGCUACUUCGCUGGUUGCUGCUCCUACUGAUGGCUACCCAGGAGUCAACCCCACCAAGUCCGCGGUUGUGAAUCCCGGCGCGACCACGACUCCUGUGAAUUGGGGACCGCUUGUUGCUACCCCUGGUUCGGGCGGAGGGAACCUGAUUCAGAUCUCGACUUCGGACUCGAAUCCGCCGGGGCCCACUACGACUAACCAGCCAAAAGUCAACCCGCCAUCACCAUCUGAUGCAGGAGGUUCAGGGACAAGCAUUUCAGGUGGUGCAGGAGCCAGUAACCCGGCUGCGAAAAACCCCGUGGGGCCUACUACAACUAGUCCGCCAUCUGCUGGGAGCGGCUACGGGGAUGGUAGUGGAGGAACUAGUAGUUUACCGUCUAACAACCUACCAGCGAAUGGAGGAACUAGCUUGGGAGGUGAAGGGGAAGGAUCGGGAUCUGGCGUCAUUACCACCAUAGGCACUGUUCCUGUUAGUGUCGGACCUACUCAAGUUAUUAUUGGGGGUCCUGGCGGUCAGACAGUAGCUGUGCCUCAAGCCAUAAGUGGAGGGUCAAGUCUAGGAUCAGGAGGCUCAUCAACACCAACGGGCAAUUCAAUCUCAGGGGGUGCUUCAGGUGGAACUCCCGUGGUAGUCACCCAAGAUGGCCAAGUCUUCACGGUAAACCCAUCCCAGGUUCUUGCAGGAAGCACGACUCUGGAAAUCCCGGCUAUCAACACGGGUGGCAUUCUUGCCUCAUCUGCUAGUCCCUUGUCUGCUACGCCAAGUACUAUCAACGGCGUACCAGUCCAGCUUUCGCCAUCUUGUGCUAUUGUUGAUGGGGAGACUUAUUCCAUUGGUGCUGGAGCACCAGAAACAACGGUUGUUGCUAAUAAGCAGACUAUCUCUAUUGGACCCGGGGGACUCGGCUUUGCUUCGACAACUGUAGCCCCACCUCCUGCUCUAGCAUCAAAUUUUGUUAUCAUGAAUCCUACAAUAUUUUCGGUGGUUGGGUCAAGUAUAGCUGUUAUCAAAGGGACAACCUUUACGUAUGGCCCAGGAAUUGCAGCCGAGACUGAUGUUCUCGAUGGAGAGACUAUCACCAUUGGACCAAAUGGAGUUUUCUAUGAUAGCACCACACUUGGAGGGACAGCACAUGCCACUGGAACACAACUUGGAGUUGCUGGUGGUGUUUCCAUUACCGAAGUCGGCUCAACACUUGCAGUCAUCAGCAGCAUAACCUUCACAGUUGGUCCAGGAGCCACUCCAUCAACAACCGCAAUCAAUGAUCACACCAUCAUAGUAGGAUCUAAUGGUCUCGGAGUCGACGGUACAACAAUAUCGAGCCCAUUCAAUCCUACCACACAAACCGUCACAGCAGGAGGAAUCACAUUCUCUGAGAUCGGCUCCUCGAUAGCAGUAAUCGGAGGAACAUCCUACACGGUUGGGCCCGGCGCAGAACCUGAAACGAAGACUUACAACGGCCGAACAAUUAGUAUUGGGGCCAGCGGACUUGGAUUUGCCACAACCACUGUUCCACCCCUCAGUUCUACACCUGAAGCUACAGCCACGACGUCGGCGCACACGACGGGCAAAAAGAAGAAUGGUGCGGGGACUUUGAAACGCGUGUAUGGUAUUGUAGGUGCAUGCAUAGCGAUUUGUAUUGGAUUUGCGAUUUGA